GCCAUUGAAGCUUCAUUCGAUCACAAAGCUAGCGACUAGUGAUCCCUGCCCAGCAAACAAGAGUAGUGCUCCUGCUUCCGAAAGAUCGGCCAUGGGAAGCAUCGGAACCCCCAACGGCAACGGCAACGGCAUCGGGCACGGCAGUGCCGCGGUGGCGCGGCGGCAGCACGCCGAAGGCCCCGCGGCCAUGCUCGGCAUCGGCACGGCGAACCCCACUGGCGUCGAGGUGCCCCAGAACAUCUUCGCCGAGAACCUCUUCCGCGUCACCAAGAGCGACCACCUCACUGAGCUCCAGCAGAAGCUCACCAGAAUCUGCGAGAAGACGGGCAUCGACAAGCGCCACUUCCACCUGACGGAGGAGACGCUGGCGGCGCACCCGGAGCUGUACGACCACGACGCGCCGUCGCUGGACAACCGCCUCGCCAUCACCGUCGACGCGGUGCCGAAGCUGGCGCAGUGCGCGGCGGCCAAGGCCAUCGCCGAGUGGGGCCGCCCGGCGAGCGAGAUCACCCACCUCAUCUUCAGCACCUACUCCGCCUGGGGUGCCCCGAGCGCCGACCUGCGGCUCGCCACGCUGCUCGGCCUCCGCCCCACGGUCAACCGCACCAUCCUCAGCCUCCACGGCUGCUACGGCGGCGGCAGGGCGCUGGGCCUCGCCAGGGAGCUCGCCGAGAACAACCGCGGCGCCCGCGUCCUCGUGGCCUGCGCUGAGAUCACACUCGUCUGCAUUGGUCGGUACAGCGUGCACAUGUGGAUGGCAUUAAUGAAUCGUGGAAAUACGGUGGGGGUUAAAAGUGCAGGUAGUUAAUAUAGGGGCAUUGGUCGGUACAGCGGGGUUACGGCGCACGGCGUUAAGUGACGGGAAUUACGAAUCGUUCCAUUGGGACAGGAUGGUUGGACUGCAUGUAUCAUUCAAUUUGUACAGCUCUCUCCCACCCCCGCUGCCAACAAACACAACACACACACCAGGAGACGCACGCGCGGACGCAUCACCGGGGCUGUCUUGCUUGCAGUUGCUCGCGCGCACCUGCCGGCCGCCGCUGGCCGGUGAGGCCGCCUCACCCGCGCAAAAGCGGAAGAGAGCGGAGCAGGAGGAGCAUGUGGCGACCGACGGCCUCGGCGCGCUGGACCUCCGACGGGCCAAGGGGCCGUUGGUGGGGUUCGAGCGCCGCCUCUGGGACAUCCUAUCUUGGAUGUUUCUCUUCGUUUGUGUACAUCAGGUUCAUAUGCUUGUGCUUGAACCUAUCUUUAAAUGUGUUCUGCUCAGCUCAUUUCA